CCUUGCGAGAGACGCCUUUUUCCCGCCCCCUCUGCUCGCUGAGGUAGGCGGUCCCGCCCCGCGCUCGUGCCGCAGUGAGUGAGAGGCGGCGGCGGGAGGAGGAGCGCGUGUGCGGAGGAGAAGAUGUUUGAGUCUCUGCGCGAGCGGCUGCUGAGCGUGCAGCAGGACCUCACCUCGGGGCUGAAGACUUUGGGUGACAAAUCAAGAGAAGCAAAAAUAAGCAAGCAGAGAUCUGUUCAGUAUUUGCCAAAGUUCUCUGCUGGAUUGGAAUUGCUCAGCAGGUAUGAAGACACUUGGGCAGCCCUUCACAAAGGAGCUAAGGAAUGUGCAAAAGCUGGAGAGCUAGUGGAUAGCGAAGUUGUGAUGCUUUCUGCACACUGGGAGAAGAAGAGGAGUAGUCUAGUAGAGCUGCAGGAACAACUCCAGCAAGUUCCAGGGUUUUUAGCAGAUCUGGAGUCCAUGACAGCAAAUCUGGCCCAGCUAGAGGUAAACUUUAAGGAAAUGGAAAAUCAUCUGUUGCAUCUUGAAGACCUAUGUGGACAGUGUGAGUUGGAAAGGUACAAACAUAUGCAGGCACUGCAGCUGGAAAACUACAAGAAAACAAAAAGGAAAGAACUUGAAAGCUUCAAAGCUGAGCUAGAUGCUGAGCAUACCCAGAAGGUGUUGGAUAUGGAGCAUACCCAGCAGAUGAAGCUAAAGGAGCGUCAGAAGUUCUUUGAAGAAGCCUUCCAGCAGGAUAUGGAGCAAUACCUUUCUACAGGAUACCUGCAGAUAGCAGAGAGACGAGAGCCAAUAGGAAGUAUGUCUUCAAUGGAGGUGAAUGUGGACAUGCUGGAACAGAUGGACCUGAUGGAUAUGUCUGACCAAGAAGCACUAGAUGUCUUCUUGAACUCAGGAGAGGACGAUAGCAUACUGUCUCCCAUUUUGGGGCCUGAAUCCAAAACCUGUCAGAAUGAAAUAAGCCUCCAGGUUCCAAGCCAGUCUGAAUUAAGGCAAAAAUUGUCUUCAUCAUCAUCAGCCUGGACUGACUCUGCCAGCCAGGGUACCAGUGAAGUAGGAGAGUCUCCUGUUAUUCAGUCUGAUGAGGAGGAAGUUCAAGUGGACACUGCCCUUGCUGCUGUAAAUACUGAAAGAAAAGUAACUUCAGUUUGACCACAUCUUGAGGGAAAAAAUGACUGCACCAUGACUUAACUCAAAGUUUGUGUGAAGUCCACAUUAACAUCUGAGUGGAUCUGCUCUCCUAACAAGCAGAAUGAGGCUCUUCAGCUCUCAGGGUCUUUAUCAGUAUGAAGCUCCUCCUGGACUGAGGGACAGGGAGAUCUAGCCUGAGGAAGCUAAAAGUAACAGAUGACUGGCAACAAGCAACCACUAACUACCAUGAAGGAAGGUCUUUUGGAAGGUAGUGGCUUGGAAAGAGGUAGUCCCCACAUCCAGCCAGCUGGGAACUGUCCAGUUGCCUAAGGAUUCAGUUGUUUUGCUUGCUUUUUAGUAGUGUGUUGCCUGUUCUAGCACUGUGAAAUUAAAUCUGGAAACAAACUUCUGCAUGAUAAAUUAACUUUAAGAAAGGGUUAGACUUUUAAUCUCAUUAAGAAAUAGCUUAUUUCACUCACUCACCUCCCAGAAGACAGACAAAGUGUCCAAAAAAAGUUUUGUUUUUAUUAAACCUUGUAGUACAAACCUGAAAAGUAAACAAAAACUGGCAAUAAACAACAUGAAGUCUUUCCUUACAAGGAAAGAGAGCAGAGCAGCGCUAAUAAAUUAAAUGUCAAACUGUAAGCCAUUGUCAGAAGUUUACUGUCAAGAGGGAAAAGUACACAGCAAGGCCAUAAAAACCAGACAACCACAUUUAAAAAACACUUGACUCUGUUUAUGUUAUUGUUAAAUAUUCCAAAACAGUUCAGUCUUCUGCAACAACAACCAACAAAUUGUAUUAGGACUUUCCUGACAGUCACCACUGGCAAGCUCAGUGCAAUAUGGGUAGCUACGGUAUUGUUGAAUUCAAUUAUGAAACAAAACAGUUUGUGAAAACAUUUUCCCUUUUUUAUUCCACACAUACUGUACACACAACCAGAAAAGGGCAACAGCUACUCCAUUAUUAUUUUUUGUUGUUGUUCAGUGAUGUAAGCAGCACUUAUAAAUGUUACAAGAAAAACCCUGUAAGCAUCCAAUCCAACCGAUGAAGAAAGUGAAACGUAAGGCUUUUCUUCAUCUUGUCUCUAUACCACCCCACCCCCCACCCCAAGAAAAGGCUCAAGUAUUUAAAACAAUUUACAGGCAUAUGUACAAAAGGUGUGAUUUUUUUUUGUUACAAUAUGAAGAGAAAAAAUAGACACGAUGAGAGCAAAUGCAUUUUCACAUUCAAAAGAAAGAUGCAGACCUGCUAGUGGCUCUAAAUGUGAUCAUAUAAUGAAAAAUUCAAAACAAAAAUUAAUGCUGACUGUGUAGAGAUGUGAAAAACAGCAGUGGAAUGGAAAUGGAAUGUUAGAAAGAUUGCACGUCUAUGACAAAGAAGCACUUAUGGCUUCAAUCACUUUUUUAUUUUUUAAAGGAUGCUAUUGAAGGGUUUUUGAUAAAGUAGCCAACAGCACCAAAAAAUAACAGAAUGGAUUUCCUAAUGAAAUCAGGCACAGUUUUCCCUCAUUUGACUCCCUCAAGGCAGGCAGUCUUUUUUACCUUCUCUCCCCCCCCUCUACCCUCCCCCACCCUCCCUCAAACAGAUGCAUAGUGAUGUGCUGGUAAAAGAGAACAUAUUUACUCCAAAUCUCCUCAUUUUGCUUAUGGUUCGGAAACAAAGUCCAUCUUCAGCUGCCAUAACCUCCCAAAGAAAGUGUGUAUUUUCCAAUUUAAAAAAUUACAAAACUCAUCUUGCCUGUGACAGAAUAAAAGACAGCCAAAGUAAAGCAAUUUCUUUCAAGUUUUGUUCCUAUCUCUUUUCUCUCUAGAAAAUCUGCUCACAUGACUGGAGAACAAAUUAUAAAACACAUCAAACUUUAACCUAUUCAAAAAUGGGUUAAAAGCCUUUUUUCACAGUUACCAAAAAAGGCUUUUUUCAGCCAUAGGGCCAGUACAAAUUAAUGUUUUAUCAGCCCCCUUGCCGGUUUUAAAACAGUGAACAUACGGCAGUUUAAAAAAAUUUGACUGCUGUAUGUAACUAUCCUAAGUA